AUGAACAAUCAGACCACUGACAGAGCCGUCGAUCAACGACUAGCGGUGUACAAUCCCGAUAAUCAAUUAAAUGCUUAUUUAAAUGCAGUUUCCGAGCUUACAACCGUGUCUUUUGCGACAAUAACGGGUACUUUGGAAGACAAGCACGAACUGAGCUUGAAAAAGAUCAAUCAAUGGAGGUCUACGUUCGAUUUGAAACGGGCAGACGCCGAAAUUUAUGUGGAAACGGAGAAGUUGAAAGUAGGCAUCGAAAAUUCCAGUGCUGCAGCUAACAUUGAGAACAUCAAGCGUGCCAUGACGGAGGAUUUGUCGACAUUACAAGAGAGAAACAAGAUCUUAAGGGAAAGAAAUGACAGGCUGCGAGCCAUGAACUCACAUAUUGAUAUCGUGAACGAGAAGAUUGAGGAUAUGCAAAAAGGGAAGUCCAAACUGAGCGCGUCACAAGAAGAAUGGGAGAAGCAUUUGGGUUCCAAGGCGGUUGCCCAAAUGCUGCGCGCAAAAAUCUUCAGACGACAAAUGACAAAGGUCCGGGAAGAAGAUGCAGAUGUGGAAUAUGAAGAAUUGUCCGUACAGGCAAACUUUUCGACGAGCGCCAAAGACUUGGAGAGAACCAAUGAUUCAAUGAAGCAAAGUAUACGCAGGUUACAUGAAGAGUUGAGAGAAUACCAGGACAAGUGGAGCCAUAACGCUCAGCUUUUCGACAAAAUAGCAGAUGUGCUCAAAGAGGAGCUUGUGAGUAGGAAGGUGGUGAAGUCCGUGGAAUCGAAAGAAGACGAUAGCGAGGAAGUUCAAAAUGAAGACGACGACGAAGACGAAGGAGAAGAUCGAGUUUUUGAAGAAGCUGAAAUACAUAGAGAGGAUGACGAAGACGAGAACGAUGAAGACCGCGAGGACGAGGACGAGGACGAGGACGAGGACGACAACCUAGACCACGACGGAUCGGAAGAGGAUCAUGACGACCAGGAUAUGCAUACGUGA